AUGCCUCUGGACUCAUUCCCACCGGAAAUUAUCUCCAUCAUUGGAAACCAUAUAGCGUCGAUAAAUGACCUUUUCAACUUCCUUCGAUCUAAUCGACGCCUCUAUAAUGUUCUUAUCAACAGCCUUUAUCGCAGGAAUACCAAAUCCGAUGGCGGAUCUGCUCUUGUGUGGUAUGCAAGUCAAGGGAACGAGACUGGAAUUCGAAGCAUGCUGGCCGCUGGUGGGAAUAUCAAUAUUCGAGAACCGAAGCAGGCGCAAUCCACAGCUCUGAUGGAGGCCGUACGUCACAAUCAUACCGCUAUUGUGAAAGUUCUCCUGGAGAAUGGAGCUUUGCCAGAUGCAGCAGACCUUCACUCCAGAAGACCAUUGACUUUAUCGACAAGUGCCCGCAGUGACGUGGCUAUCACCAAGUUGCUUCUAGAGUAUGGCGCUAAUAUUAACCUUGUCGCAUUUGAUAAACGGGCACCACUGGUGGAGGCUAUACGGUCUAAUCAGGAUGUCAAGGUGGGAUUACUUUUGGACCAUGGCGCCGACAUUCACAUCACUUCUAGUCGAGAUGCAAUGAGCCCCUUGCACAUUGCGGCCGCAAGAAAUGCUAAACCUGCAAUCAUCAAGGUGCUUGUGGAUGCUGGUAUAUAUGUCGAUGCUCCAGAUGGCCGUGGAAGGACCCCCCUUCAAGUAGCAGCCAUGCAUUCAAGUACGAGGGCUGUGCGGUGGCUACUGGAUUGUGGUGCUACUGCGAACUUCGAAAAUACAAGCCCAGAUUCGCAAGGCUGGACUGCUUUAUUCUACGCUGUGAAGUCCAAGAACUCGAGGAUUGACAACAAAACCAUCAUCAAAACACUCCUACUCCAUGGAGCAAAGAUAGACACGACCAAUUUUGCUAAAGAGACGCCCCUGCUCCAUGCAGUCUCUCAAGGAGCGACAAAGCAAGCUCAGAUCCUUCUUGAAUAUGGCGCGAAUGGCUUGUCGAAAGAGGAGCUGAAGUGA